CUUGUCAAGAGUGACUGAGAGAGGGAGGCAACUGUGGGCGCUGUUUAGAUUCUCAUUUGUUUUAAAAGCUGGAAUUUAAGAGCGUUUUCCUCUCUCGAUCGACCGUUUGCUUCAAAGUAAGUGUCGCCACCGAAUGACUUUAAGUCGGUGAGGUGAGGGGAUACAGAAGGACUCCUCUCGGCGAGAUGUCUCACAUACUUGUUCCGACGUAGGGGGAGUGUGCAGCAGCCAGUUGGCUUCACUCGCUAGCUAGCUCAGAGAGUGGAGGGAUGCGGGCCCUCCUCAGCCUAAAGUAGGUCCUGCAGCUGGGCAACACACUGCGACAACGGCCGUUUGACAACCGCACAACCGGGACAUCCGUAGGCCGAUCUGGGACCGACAGAAAGCUCUGGAUCUAUCGCCCUACAGGCGGCUGGUAUCGGUGUCUGAAGCCGCAUUGCUGGACAGGGCGACACGACGUGUUGCGUUAUGGGCUCAUGAAACGCAACAGGAGACCGAGAGAGGAAGAGGGAUGGCGUAGAUUCCUAUUGAUUACAGUUAUCGUUCGCCAGGCUGAGUAAAAUAGACGCAAGUUUGCUGUUUAAUAUGAUAUAAGCCCAUAGAAGUGGCAUCCGGCUCUUCCCUUUCUGACGGAGGAUAAACAUAGCCAUACUGGACUUUGAAAUCAGGCUGUCAAUAUGUCGAAAAUGCCGGCCAAGAAGAAGAGCUGUUUUCAGAUCACUAGUGUGACUCAGGCCCAGGUGGCGGCUAUCGGUGCCGCCGACGACACGGAGAGUCUGGAGGACCCGGACGAGUCCCGGGCUGAAGACGUGUCGUCAGAGAUCUACGACAUGUCGCGGGCCGAGUACGAGCCCGCGUGUGGCAGAAGUUCAUCCGAAGAAGCCCUGAAUAAUGUCGGGGAGCCAGAGGCGAUCAGUGUUAUGGCGCCGUCGCACAUACCUCAAGCCGGGCAGUUGUCCGCGCUAUCGGGCAAUCUCACAGGGGAGUUCCGGAAGGUGGGAGUGUCGGGCUCAACUCCAGGUGGACAGCAGCCGCCGCCGGGGAUCGGCGCUCGGCCCGGGGCAAUGCAGCAACAGCCUGCUCCAGCAGCCGGCGCUGGGCCAGCCGGUGUGUCGGUAAACGCAUCCCAACCUGCAGCUCCACCAGUCACCUCCACGGUUAGCUGCACCUCGCGCUUCAGGGUCAUUAAACUCGAUCAUGGUACCGGAGAACCCUUUCGAAGAGGCAGAUGGACUUGUACGGAGUUUUAUGAGAAGGACUCCGAUAGCUCUGCUGUGACCAGGACUGUAGACGGCAUUAGGCACGCCAGUGCGACGACACUGGACCCGGCUGCAGACAGAGACAGUGGGCUUGGGCAUACUGGAGGCUCUGUGGUGACACACUCGGGUCAGGGCUUGGGCUCUGUGGCGGAUGCUUCUCUCUCUUCACCCCGCAUGCAUUCGGUGGAGACGCCACCUCAGCAACAGCAGCAGCAGCCACAAAUCCACCAUCAAAACUAUGGUGCCUGGCCACAGGGCGUUAGUGGGUCCGCCACACAGAGUGCUUUCUCCAGCAGCAAGCCAGUGGGAGGUAUCCAGCCUUCUGCUCCCCAGAGCGCCUUGCCCGUCGGACAAAACGGCCUGCCUCAAUCGGUUGUCCACAUACAGAAGUCCCCCAUCAUGCCUCCUUCAGCCCAGCCUGUUGCUUACCCUCUGCAGCAGCAGCAACAGCAGCCUCCUAUGGGCCACCACCUGACCAGCCAGUCUUCUGGACUGCCUGUGGGACAAGGACACCCUUCGCUCUUGCCUCCGGCCUCUGGAGGCCCUUCUGUGCCAAGUCAGGUUGGAGAUGUUGCAGGAGGUGGAUCUGUACCUACUGGACAGCCGGCUCCAGGCCUCUUGCAGACUGGAGGAAUGGGGGCUGUCGGAGGCUCCGUGCUGGUUGGUGGAUCCACAAUGCAGCAGCACGCUGCGAGUCAGUAUACAACCGCUGGACAGCCUCAGCCCCACGGCCUCCACCCCACAUCCUCCGGUGUACAAAACGUGCCUGCCAUCGCAGUGAGCUCCGGUGUGCCCACCGCUGUGCCCGCUGCUGUGCCCAGUGCCUCCAGUGCAGCCUUGCCAAAUGUGACAACUUCCAGUUUGCCUCCAGGUCAGAUACCCCACAGCAAGACUCUAAUGGCUUUGGGGAUGCAGGGCCUCCCGGUGACUGGAUUUGGACAUAUGGAGGGUGGUGGAGGGAAGUCGGAGGGUCUCGUCAACGCACAUUCUCCUUUCGUCUCUGGGAAGGAACCGAUGAAGGCCUUCAUGCCUGAGAGCCUGCAGCUCGCCACUCCGACUGUCAACAGCCUGUUUGGAAUCCACAUACCUGGCGACGGGGAUGUGGACAGGGCCUCGGGAACCAAUGUUGCUGCCAUUGAUAAUAAAAUUGAACAGGCAAUGGACCUGGUGAAAAGCCAUCUGAUGUACGCGGUGCGUGAGGAGGUGGAGGUCUUAAAGGAGCAGAUCAAGGAGCUGUUUGAGAGGAACUCUAUGCUGGAGAAGGAGAACGCUGUGUUGAAAUCUCUCGCCAACAGCGAGCAGCUGUCUCAGCUGCCCGCUCAUUCGGCCACCAGCUCCGGCACCACGCCCCCCCAGCAAGGACUCAGCCAGCCUCAGCAGCAGGCCCAGCCUCAGCAGCAGGCCCAGCCUCAGCCUCAGCCGCAGUCACAGCAGCAGCAGCAGCAGCAGCAGCAGCAGCAGCAGCAGCAGCAGCAGCAGCAGCAGCAGCAGCAGCAGCAGCCCAAACCCCAGCAGCUCCAGACUCAGCUCGAUCCCAGCCAACAACAAAUGCAACCCAACGUCACCUCCGCUUGAAGUGCAUCUGCCCUGCUUCGCAAAGGGCAGGAAAAAGAAAAAAGAGCAUCUGCUCUACAACUUAUUACAAAUAGUCUAUGUGAAAUUAAAAAGAAGAAAAAAAAAAAAUAACUUUGUCUUCUUCGCCACCAGCUUGACCACAAAGUACAGUGUGUGUGUGUGUGUGUGUGUGUGUGUGUGUGUGUGUGUGUGUGUGUGUGUGUGUGUGUGUGUGUGUGUGUGUGUGUGUGUGUGUGUGUAAGCAAGUGUGACUGAAUUGGUGUUGGAAUGUAAGUGUGUAUGCAUCUGUACUGUGGGCCUUUCCAGUGUUAAUGCAAUCAUCGAGAGAGAGAGAGAGAGAGAGAGAGAGAGAAAGUGUGUGUAGAGACAGAGUAUCAGGGAAGGUCGCGGUGUUUGUUUUCAUCUUGCCGAUGUUCCCGCAGCGGUUGACUGCUGGGUCCAAGCUCGGGGACCAGAAUGUCUUUUCUUGGACCAGGCGCCGAGCCGGACCGGUUCACGACCUGACCUGAGACCUGCUCAAGCCGUGGGUGUGUUGGAAAGGGAGGGGCUUCAGCUCGCAUAAGGGACGGACGGAGUGGUUGUCAAAAAGAGCGACUAUUUUUUUAAAUGAGAUAAUUGAGUGGGUGAAGGGGUAUUUUUUUAGCCUUGCUGUUUCAUGUCGUAAAGUAAGAAGAGGGGGAGAGAGAGAGAGAGUCUGUUCUUCGGAGCGCCACACCGCUGCCGUUACUGUCACAUUAAGUCCAACUCUUGCAUCGGUCUUUUGAGUUCUACUGUUGAGUGUCUUUAUUUAUUACAGGGCUGCUAUUCUCAUAAAUGAACAAGUUCACAACACCUGUCUAACCGUAGCCCGGUGGCUUGUUUCCUCUUCUACAAUGUUUCAACAGAUUCUCCAUUCGUCCCGGGGGCAACGCUUUAACAUCGUAGGCAAAACAAAAAGAAAGAAAUCUGACAAAUGUUUAACACUAACUCAAAUUAUACGCUGCAAUUGCCAAUUCAUAGCUCGUCAAGAUCCAGUAUGAAUGUACGUUUAUUUUUUUUUGUAUAAUAAAGUAUUAAGAGCCUUGACGGGUGACACUUCAGCCGUUGACAUCAAAUCUUAAUGUGAGCCUGCAGAAUUUAUUUGAUGAAGAUUAAAUUCUGUUGGUUUCAUCUAAAAGUGAAUUAGUAUUGCCAUCACCCCCCUCCCCUCCUUCAUUUUCUUUCUCCCAAUGUUUGUCCUGAGGGGGAUCAGGGGGGAAAGCUGUGAAAUCAUUCAACCUACUUUGUAACCAAAGAUGCAAAGCUGUGUAAAUUGAUUAUUUUUAAAUGCACACAUGUAUUUCAUUUCUUUUGUUACUUCCUUCUUCACAAACUAUUUUGUUGCUGUUCAGCAUGUUCUGCAUGAUCUGUAAUCUUCAAACCACUUUCUUACCUCAUUUUUAUUCAGCACUCUUGUUGUGAGAUAGUCUGUGAACAGUGUAAAUGGGGCGAAAUGAUGCGGAGCAGAGAGAAAAAUAACCUAGUGUGACUGACACUAGUCGCAGAAAAAUGAAGUGAGCCAUGUUUGUUCAUUAAAUGGUGUUUGAAUUUCAUAUGCCAAUAGUUUUGUUACAUUGCAAAUUUUAAUGUAUUUAAAUAAAAGCAAUAUUCAGAUUCCAA